AUGGCGGCGGCUGGGCACGAGGAAGGGCAGGCUGUUAUAGCGGACUGUCGCAUUUCAAACGUGAUCAACUGGAAUAAACCUUUUAGGACCACGACACUUUUUGCUGCCACCACUGCGGUGCACUGCUGGGAGAUCAUUGAUGCGGACCAGGACAGCAGAUCUGGAGCUGGGCUACAGGUCACAGACUCCUGGACGAGCUUCAAGCUCUUUCUGCAGGAGACCUCCUCCUUCAAGCAGCAGAAUCCAGGCAAGUUUUGCUUGCUGGUCUGCAGUUUGUGCACCUUUUUGGCUGUCUUAGGACGCUACAUUCCAGGUGCUCUCAUCUUAUAUGUUUUAGUGCUGGGCGUCUUCCUGUGGCCACUGAUGUCAGCGCAUGACUUUGGGUUGUGGAUGAAGCCAGUUCUGCAGAAGCUGGACUUCGGACUGGAAAGAUUCCUUCAGAAUAUCAGAGAGAAUCAUGAAAAGAGACUCCUUCUGGCACAAGCUGACCGGGAGAGUAUUGAAGCCGAUCUGUCCUCCCUUUUCCCCAAGUUGGACUCCACAGUUUGUAAGGAGAUGUCUAUAUCGGAUACAGAGGCCUCUGAUGUGACGUGGACAGACAACGGAACAUUUAACCUGUCUGAGGGACAUACGCCCCAGACUGAGAACUCAGAUGACCUAGACAGAGAAGAACUAUUCAUAGGGGGCCUCCCGGAAUUCCCCUCCUUGGACAACGGCACCAAUGGGGAGGACGAUGACGACCUGAGCAUCGGCCUACCCACCCCCCCUAUCCACCCACCCCAGCACAGCAGAGCCAAGGGGGGGUCCGAGCCCCCCCUCCAGGGGGACCCUUCCACCCAGGCCAUGGAGUUUGUCCACAAGAUGGCAGGCAAUGUCAUUGCAGCCGCCGCCACCGCUGUCAUUCAGGAGAGGCUGGAGGCCGCCAUCGGUAGCAUCAUAACCACAGACCCCCACCCCAGGUCCCUGCUGUUCCCCAACCCCACAACACUGCUGCCCCUGGACCUGGCAGAGGAGUCGUCAUCGGACAGCGAUGUGGAGGAAUUUGAGCUGCUGGACCAGUCCGAGCUGGAGCAGCUGGAAGGGGAGCUGGGCCUUGGGGCGAGCGCAGCAGUGGCGGCCAAAGAGCCCAAAAAAUCAUUGUCUUCUUCCAGUGGCUUCUUUUCAAAACUCCUGGGCCGCCAUUGAUUAGAGCAGGGGUGUCAGGAGGAUGUGGUGCAGGUCUAGUAGGGGGUUAGAGGGUAGAGGGCACGUGGAGACA